UGCAGGGAGAUCCAUCAUGACUGCCUAGGUGGCGGCAGGGAUGAAGGGAAGCUCUGCUAUGUACACCAGAGGAAAGCAGACUGUCUGACCACCACGUGUAUAAUUCAGCCAGCCACAGAACUGGAAUUUCCCAGGGGCGUGAGAAGCACGGAAUUUGGACUUUCCUAAGCAACUGAAGUGGGGGGUAGAACUUACUGCCCCAGGAAACACCAUGGAUAACAGACCAGAAGGCAGUAAUACCCGCAUGCCCCUGGGGCUAGGAGGCUUUGUUGACAACAGGAGAUUUUCGAACUCAUUUAUGAAGGAUAUUGUGUCUUACUGGUCUCCGGUGCACGAAGCUGCAAUCCAUGGACGUCUGUUCUAUUUGAGGAACCUCAUCAACCAGGGGUGGCCUGUGAAUAUCAGCACAGCAGAUCAAGUGUCGCCACUCCAUGAAGCCUGUCUUGGAGGUCAUCCAUCUUGUGCAAAUAUGUUAUUAAGACAUGGAGCUCAGGUGAAUGCUGUGACCACAGACUGGCAUACUCCCCUGUUUAAUGCAUGUAUCAGUGGCAGCCUGGACUGUGUGCAUUUGCUUCUGCAGCACGGAGCCAGCCCCCACUCAGAGAGUGAUCUGGCGUCUCCAAUCCAUGAGGCUGCUAAGAGAGGCCAUGUGGAGUGUGUCGAGAUGCUUAUAGCUCAUGGUGCCAACAUUAACCAUAACAUCAGCCUCCUGGGCACUCCCCUUUAUUUGGCUUGUGAAAAACAGCAGAUAGCCUGUGCCAAGAAGCUUCUGGAGUCAGGAGCAAGUGUGAACCAAGGCAGGGAUCUGGAUACUCCUCUUCAUGCAGUGGCCAGGCUCUCCAACGGGGAGCUGGCCUGCCUGCUCAUGGACUUCGGAGCAAACACCCAGGCCAGGAAUGCUGAUGGCAAACGUCCUGUGGAACUGGUGCCUCCAGACAGCCCUUUGAUCAAUCUCUUCUUACAGAGAGAAGGGCCGGCGUCUUUGAUGGAGUUAUGCCGCUUGAGAAUCCGGCAGUGCUUUGGAAUCCAGCAACAUCAUAAGAUAUCUGAGCUCACCCUCCCGGAGACACUGAAACAGUUUCUGCUACACAUUAAUUGUGUCGAGGGAAUGGAUUUGCAAACAAGAGCAAAACAUUGUGUUGCUGCCGAGGGAAUUCACAGGAAUGAGGCAAUCACUGUAAUUCAAACAAUUUCUCCUCAUUUAAGAAAACUCCACUGCAUGUUGAAAGAAGCCCAACUCAGCCUACAUUUCAUUAUUGAAUGUGAAAAGGAAGAUGCCUUUGGUACCUGCAUCGUACCUCCUCAGCCUGCCUCUGAUCUCAGUCGCAGGCGAGAUGGACAGCUCCUUGCAAAUCUAGACUCAGAUUGCACUUGCAAGACCAACCUCAAGCACACACCUUUCUGCAUCUCACUCCGAGAUCUCUUCUGA